UAUACAACUUGGAUGCCUCAUUUCGCACUCCCCAUUCACAUCCUGUACUCGUACAUAUCUGGGAUGCUUUCCAAGCGGACUGACCGAAGGUGAGAAAAGUGCAGCGUUUGCUCGACGUCUCCAGCUGUCCUAGCAAGAAAUGACUGUAAUGAGCGAUGAAAUGUACUAUUUUUGAAGUAUGUCCGGUCAAGAGGUACGCCAGAAGGAGUGACUGUAAUGAGCGAUGAAAUGUACUAUUUUUGAAGUAUGUCCGGUCAAGAGGUACGCCAGAAGGAGUGAGGUGGGUGGAGGGAGGCCAGCAGAACAUAUGGUGGCUUCACAGUUGUCUGUCGGCUGUGGCCACUAGUCCAAAGUUCAUAAAUGCAGAUUUGCUGUCUGCACAAUGAACCACGGAGCACUGGGUGAAGAAUGGCCCGGUUCCGCCGUAAAUCCUGCGUGGCCUUGCUGGCUCUGGUCCUGCUCGUGCUCAUCGUCACCGUAGCGCUUAAGUCAAUCGCCCCAGAGGACAUGCCGUUCACCGACGGGAAGGAGCCCUCCCUCCAACGGAAGGCCGACGUGGAGGGGACCACUGUCCGACUUGAGCGGCCCGGGAUUAGCGAAGCCGCCCUGUCGGGCGAGGACGGCAAAUUAGCGGCCGCGCUGAGCAAGUUCCCCCCGCCAAACUACUUCCUGCACGCCUUUUACUACAUCUGGUAUGGCAAUCCAAGCUUUGACAGCAAGUACAUCCACUGGGACCACCCGCAGCUGCCCCACUGGGACCCCAAGGUGGCUGAGAGGUAUCCACAAGACAGGCACAGCCCACCUAAUGACAUCGGGGCCAACUUCUACCCGGCGCUUGGGGCUUACAGCUCCAGGGACCCGGCUGUCAUGGAGGCGCACAUGCAGCAGCUGCGUACAGCUGCCAUUGGUGUCGUCGCUGUUUCCUGGUACCCGCCUCGCACCAAGGAUGACAACGGCGAGCCGGUCGACGACAUCGUGCCUCUGUUACUGGAUGUGGCACAGCGCUACAACAUUAAGGUUGCGUUCCACAUUGAGCCCUACAAAGGAAGAGAUGAAGUCAACAUGUACGCCAACAUCAAAUACAUCAUUGACAAUUACGGCGAGCACCCGGCCUUCUUCCGGUACCGCACCGACACGGGUAAGCACCUCCCCCUCUUCUACGUGUACGAUUCGUACCUGCUGAACACGGAGCAGUGGGCCCGGCUGCUGCGGCACACAGAGAGCGGCAGCAUCCGUGACACGCCCUACGACGCCAUCUUCUUGGCUCUGCUGGUAGAGGAGCGGCAGCAGCGCGAGGUGGUGAGCGCCGGAUUUGACGGCGUCUACACCUACUUCGCCACAAACGGCUUCACCUACGGCGCCACGUUGCGCAACUGGCACGCAGUCCGGGCCUUCUGCGAUGACAACGGCCUUCUCUUCGUCCCCAGCGUGGGGCCGGGCUACGUGGACACUAGCGUGCGCCCGUGGAACUUCCAGAACACUAGGAACCGCAUCAACGCCAAGUACUACGAGGCCUCGCUGAGCGCCGCGCUAGAGGCCAAGCCCGACUUGGUUUCUGUCACAUCCUUCAACGAGUGGCACGAGGGCACGCAGAUCGAGAUGGCCGUGCCCAAAAGCGGCCCGACGCUCUAUCUGGACUAUUUGCCCAACAAGCCUGCCAUCUACUUGGAAAUUACGCGCAAGUGGGCCGCAAUAUUCGAUAGCGAGCGCAGGAGACGGCGGGAAUAACCUGACCGGGAUUUGACUCACAACAAUAUGCAAAUGGCCAACUUUACAUUGGUUGUGUUUGAAAUCACUUCCUGUCAGCUUUCCGCUGGCAAUAGGACUCGAGCCCUGCUGUGAAUAGCGAAAGUCUGCAGGUAAUUACGCCCCCACUAAAAGGGGCUUGCAAUUGCGUAUAGAUGCCACAAAUUGGGGGCAAAGCACUUCAAACGGAGAGGAUCAUAAAGCAUCAACACCAUGCAUCUAGCAUGUACACAAACAUGAAGCCAUGGUACAUAAACAACUGCAUUCACUAGUUAAAUUAUUCAACACAAACAAACCACCUUCACGAGGAUCAUCAGUAUUAUUAGCCACGAUUCUAACCUAAAUAACGCACUAGCAGUAGCAGCUAGUGUAUAACUGUCCUUAUGUCUUUAUUUUGUUACCGUUAGUUCAAUAAAGCAAAUGAAAGUGCACCGGCAGCCGUGUCUAUCCUUGAGCACUUGUGGGGGCACGACAAUACAUU